AUGCCUGAGGUGCCGCAGGCCGGCCAGCCAGCUGGCCAGACGUCAAGGUCCAAGGCGUCAGACGCCGUGCCAUCGUCGCAGGGAUCUAGCAUGUGGCCACUCCUUCUGGGAGGCAUAGGUUUGGGAGCACUGGCCGCCCGCCAGGGUCUGAGGGCAGCACGUGCCUCUGGAGUCAAGGUGAACUUCAACAUGCCGGCCUUCGGUGGGUUUGGUGCAUUUGGCAGCGGCCUCCAGGGCUUCGAGACACCGAUGACUCGAGCGGAGGCCCGGCAGAUUUUGAAUUUGUCCUCCAUGGCCCCGAACAAGGAGGCUGUAAGGGAAGCGCACCGGAGGCUUCUGAUUGCCAAUCACCCGGACAAGGGCGGAUCCACCUACAUAGCCUCCAAGAUCAACGAGGCCAAAGAGGUGAUGUUGGGAAAGAAGGCCACCUGA